UUCCAAAAGAAUUGGUGGAGCUUCACUUGAAACUGAUGAGAAAGAUUGGGAAGUCUGUCACGGCAGACAGAUGGGAAAAAUAUUUGAUCAAGAUAUGCCAAGAAUUCAACAGCACUUGGGCGUGGGAGAUGGAGAAGAAAGGCUACCUGGAAAUGAGCGUGGAGUGCAAACUGGGGAUUCUGAAGUAUCUCUGUGAAUGCCAGUUUGAUGACAAUCUGAAGUUUAAGAAUAUAAUUAACGAGGAGGAUGCGGAUGCCAUGCGUCUGCAGCCCAUAGGGCGAGACAAGGACGGGCUCAUGUACUGGUACCAGCUGGAUCAAGAGCAUAAUGUCAGGAUGUACAUAGAGGAACAGGACGACCAGGAUGGAUCCACGUGGAAGUGCAUUGUUAGAAACCGCAACGAGCUCGCCGAGACCCUCGAGCUCUUGAAAGCGCAAAUUGAUCCCGCUCUGUUGAAACCCAGCAGCUCUCAGCAGGAGAAUUCAUCGCGGGAGAGCCCCAGCAUAGAAGAUGAAGACACCAAAAAGGGCGAAGAAGCACCUACACAAG